AUGGAGAGAGCGCUGAUCUAUCUCACAGUAAUCCUGACUCCAGUCACUGCAGGUACCUACCUUCAUCACCCAUCCCUGGACACUUACUGCAUGUCACAGGGGCUCUCAGAGAAUGGGGUCAGGGAGCAGGGGGACCAUCUCCAACAAACCUUGGGUACCAUUACACAUAGCCUAAGGAAUGCUAAACAUGUUGUUCUUGUCAAUAUAUUUUCUAGUGAUGUAACAUUGUUAUUAACAAAGUUGUGUCCUCUGAUAGGGACUCCAUUUCCCAUAUAGAUAAGGUAGAGUAAGACCCUAAUGGGGUGUAAUAGACAGUCUUUAUUGGUGAAGAUCAUGGGAGGCACUUAAUGUGUUAACAAACAUGUGACAUAAACAUUUCUUUGACUCUAUGGUUAGUCAUGAUUAGCACAAAAGAGGAAUUGAUGAAAGAACUAUUUGAGUUUAUAGUGGAUUCCUCACAGUAAACACUGUUGCUGAAUAAAAGGUGGACAAAUAGCAAGACAUGUAUAUACAAUUUGGUUACAUGGUGUUAAGAAAAAUUGUUAGAAUUUGUUUUAAAAUAAAAACAUAAAUUUAAGGAAAUACCUCUUUUUAUACCCUGGCCUAACCUUUCUCUGCGGGGCAGCCAUUUUUAAAGGACACUACAGACAAAAAAAUACAAUGUUAAUUUAAUAAAGCAGUUUGGGUGCAUAGAUCAUGCCCCUGCAGUCUCAUUAACCAAUUAUCUGCCAUUUAGGAGUUAAAUCACUUUUGGUUCAGUUUAUGCAGCCCUAGCCACACCUCCCCUGAUUUGACUCACACAGCCUGCUUGAAAAGUUUUUUUUUGUUUUUUUGUUUUCAAUCAGAUAUAAACUUUCUUUAGAAGUUUUUAUCUCCUGCUCUGUAAAUUGGACUCCAAUCACAUACAUAUAUCUAUACAUUGUUCUAGCAGAAAUGCCAGCAAAUGUAUACAUUUUAAAAUAAAGCUCUUCUAAAAAUACAUCCCCUCCUCACCUGUCAGUUAAAUCAUCGGGAUUUGAUUGACAGGUUUGGGGAUGAGUUACAAAGUGAGUAAGAGAACCCUACUCCAAACCUAGCGUUCUCUAUUUAUUUCAAAUAUCCGAACAAACUCAUAUGUGUGCUGAAAUUGUCAUGCUGAGAACAUUUUGAAGAAUAGCCCUAUAUGAACUCAUUUCCUUUUGGGUAAUUUGGUAUGUAUCAAAAAUAAGUUGGAACAUAUUUCAAUUUAAUGCAAAAAAAUGACAUAUCAUUCCAAAACCAAAUUGCAUCUACAUUGCAGAGAUUUGGCAAUUUGUAAGAAAAGGUUUGGAGGAAAUUCUAAAUUUACCAUCCCCAUAAAGUCACAAAAUAGUAAGGUAACCAUUUCUGUCUGGUUUAAUAUUGAUUGUACAGCGCUACGGAAUUUGUUGGUGCUAUUUAAAUUAUAAAAUAAUAAUAAUAAUAUUGAUGACUUACAACCCGUCUUUUAUUCCUACCAGCUUCAUUUCAGGUGCUGACUAAAGAUAAGCUAUUGUUGGCAGAUGUAGGGACGGACAUUAAUUUGCCCUGUCUACUCUCACCUUCAAUGAGUGUGGAUGGACUUGAUGUGCGCUGGUUCCAUAACAUCUUUAACCACGUGGUCUUCCUGUUGAAAGGUGGACGUGAGGAUAGGCAACUUCAAAUCUCAGAAUUCCGUGGUAGAGUUUCCCUAUCUGGUGGUCCAGACACAGGAAACCUAACAUUAACUCUGAAUAAAGUCGUUAUCACUGAUGCUGGCAAAUACCAUUGCUUUGUGGAGAACAGAUCCAGUUCAGAAGACUAUGAAGAGGCUUUUAUGGAGCUUAGGGUAGUGGGUUAGUUUAUACAUUUUUUAUCACUGUCUGUGGGGAGUUAGAUUUCUGCUUUAAGAUUAUUUUUUUCCUGCUGAUUGUAUCCCGCCUCACACCUUUACCAGUCCUUUUUUUCUAUCCCCUGCUGCUCUCGCUAUGUAUCAACAUUCAUUAAAAAAUCAUUCUUUCCUUUUAUUCUUUUCUUUCUUGUUUUGUUUUUUUCAUCUUAAAUAAUGCCAGUGACGGAUAAGGGAACAAAAAUAAAAAGGCUUUGACCCAAGCACAGCAAAAAUAUAGAUAGUUGUAAAGAUUUGCGAUGAUUAAGGGAAGAAAUUGGGAUUUAUAAAAGGUAUAAAAGGCCAACUUUAUCGGUAUGUUGACCUGUCCAAUAAACCAUGUGUUGUGGUGAGCUGACCCGUUCCUUGAACAAUUAGACCAAAAUAGCCAAGCUGGUAAAAAAAAAAAUACAACUAAAUUUAGAUAUCUAGAGUUAUAUUAUGCAAGUGGCUUAUAUCUCACUACAAAACACAUUUUAGUGAAAAAACAAACAAACAAAAGCAGUGUGGGCAAAGUACAUACUUUAGAGCUAUACAACAUAAUCUCACCACCCUCAUUAUUUUUUUCCCCUUAUUAUAUAAGAUAGAGCACACGUUAGUGUGCAAUUUGUAUAGAUAGAAUAUCUAUAUAUUUUUUAUAAUAAUGUUUAUAUUAAAAGCAGAAAAGAAAACCCAAAAUAAAAUAUCGUGUUAAUAUGUACGUGUAGAUAAAAGACAAGAUGAAAAAGAAUGCAUAGCUGAUGGGCGCAUCGGUGAUAGCCGAUCAUUUCCUCCCUUUGUCCUCUAUCUAUAAGCUGUAAUUGAAUAUUUGGAAAACCUUGCAGCUGCCUCCUUGUGGUUACUUUGAAUGACCAGUUCUCCUGUCUUUUGCAGGUGUGGGCAAGCCACCACUUGUAGAAGUUGCGCUCAAAGAUAACUUGGUUCACCUCACCUGUUCUUCCAGUGGUUGGUUUCCAGAACCUACUAUGCAUUGGAAGAAAGACAUGGAAGAUAUUGAUUUAGGUAUUCAGGAAGUGACCUUCAAUGAAGAGAAUAAUGAACUUUUCCUUAUAAAGAACGACAUUCUUCUGAAAGACUCAUACGAUGGAAGUCUCUACUGUGGAGUGACGCACCCUGUGACUGGCAAAGAGAUAGGCACCUACGUGAAGAUCUCAGGUCUGUCUGGAAGUGGUGUUGGAGGUCUUGGGUUUGUGUAGUAUUAUGUGUGUAAAAUGAAUAUAUCUGACAAUAUUUUUUUUUCUCAUUUAUCAUGGAGCGCAGAAGACAUCUUUCCUCGUCUUUCCUCUUGGGCAAUUGGCUUCAGUCUGCUUCUGGCUGUGUUACUUAUUGGCUCUGCAGUGGCGGUCUGGUACUUCAUCUCAUACCGUAAAGACCAAGGUACAGAGACUGCAGGAGAUUACUAACCCAAAAAGGAAUAUAGCAGAAGACAUCUAUUAAUCUCCCACAUUUAGUGAAGCCACAUCUUUUUCCAUUUAUAGUUUAAAGUGGCUCUGUCAACCGCCCACCAAAAUGAGUAUUUUAUAAAAAAUAUUAUCUUUAUAAAAUACUCACAGUGACUGUGUAGGAAUUUCACUUACAUUCACCCCAGUGAAAAGAUAUACCGUGCCAAUAAGGCCUACCUUGUCUUAGGUUUUAUUGUAAUCUUGACAAGCUUGAUUAUAAGACAGAGCUACCUUUUGUCAAGCUUUGUCUAGCCCCCAGCCUAGUGAGGGUUGAGGGGGAAAAAGGUCUGUUUGGGGAGGAUUCUGAUACACCAGGAGCUGAAAAAGACCAUCAGAAAAAGUAUGGCAGCAGCCGCUAAGAACAAAUUUAGGCAAAAAUAACCCACCUUCCUCUGCUCCCUGCAGCAACCAGACACUUAGUGGCAAAGUCAACAUCAGGGGCCUUUGUAAAUGUUGUCACCCAGAAAAUAACAUAAUUACUUUAAGUGUUUAAAUUUCAGAAUAUAUUUAAACCCCAUACGCAUAAUAGGAUUUACUCCGAAUUAGAAACUUAGAGAUGCUAACAGACCCUUAUAAGUAGCUACCUAGGUCAUGCCGGGGUAUGUUGUGGUCAUGGUCUUCUAAAAUAGGGGUGCGUAGUGUGUAACAUAGGCUCUAGUGCAGUAAUAAAAAAGGAAAGUAAUGGGAAAAAAUACAACACAAAGGGGAAAAAUAUUGAAACUUUAAAAAAAGAAGGUGGAGAACCCAAAGGUAGAAAUAACUAAAUUAUCUAAAUUAUUAAUAAUGAAUAACGAGUGGGGUGAGGGGUUACAUAGGCCAUGACCCGUCCCUCCAACGCUAAUUAAUACAGCCUAACUACCAUGAUGAAUUUACAGUUUUCAAUCAUUUCUGUCAUUUCAGAGAUAAAAAACAGAACCUACGAGAGACAACUGGGUAAGUAUUUACUUGUUACUAUAAACCAACAUAAACGGGAUAGGAUGACCUACAAUACACUGAAUAAAUCUCAGAAUUGCUGCUCCCUUGUAGAAAUGCCUUAUAGUUUAAAUGAUUUAAAACAUAUAUAAAAAACAGAACAUAAAUAAAUUAAAAAUAUUAAUGAAACUGUAUUAAAUUAAAAGUACUUUCAGUACCAACAAAUUUGAUACAGACAAGCAUGUAACAUUCCAAGGUUAAAAGUGAAUGAUCACUGUAUGUUUCCUGAUCUGGGGUGAGUUUAUUGUAUUACACUGGACGUACUACAUUAUAUGGCACAGUGUGUCUAAAGUGUGCUACGUAUUUUCAUUCAAUGUAGCACUAAGACCAUAUUGCUACAUAGAAUUCCUUUCUCUGCAGAUAUUUCUGGCCUCUGAUAUUGGUAUAUUGAAUUGAGCAGAGACACUGAGCUCAUUUUUAUAAUGUUUUUAUUUAUAUAGUUUUAGCUAUAAUUAUUUUAUUGCUAUUUCUAAAAUCAGUUUCUGGUCCAAUACCCAGAUUCCACCAUAUUCUGGUUCAUUUUAAUUAUUUCAAUGCUAACUGAAUAUAACCCAGAUUACAAGAAAAGUAGGCCGACACACAACCGGACAACGUGACACCACAACACCACCACCCAAAGUGGGGGGAACAUUCCAGACACAUCACAGAUACCUAAUGUAGUUAGUGACUGGAUAACUACACCAAACACCGCCUAUAAGGAAGCAGGACGAUAGCAACGACCAAACGCACUACUGAGUCUCCUCUAUAAUGGCACUGUCUUGUAAACGAGGAAUGGAUGAGGACUCAGAACAAGAUGGUAGAUGCUCCGGGAGAGAACUGAGUAAAUACCCAGGCGCGUAAGACACUAGGGAAAGGGCAGACAGACGAUGGAGACCCAGACCCGGUGCAAGACUACAGGACUCUGACCCGUAAGACUGACCCCCAUUUUGCCCUCCACGUAAGUGGAUGUUAACUCGAGACCUACCGCACUAACAACCAACUGGUAGGAGAACAAACGCAAAACCUGUGUGUCCUUAAUAUUUUAGGCCAGCAUUCUACCGCAUACAGAAGCAUUGUAUAAAGUUACACUUGGCACAUGUGGUGCUCAUGUAAGAUGCUGAUUGAGACCUGCGAGUCUCACUGAUAUCAUUCAUAUUGCUACCUGUUAUUAUUUGAACUGCUAAUAAAAGCGCUAUUUACGAAACAAAAAAAGAAAAGUAGGCCGACCUUUCUCAAAACACAGGUAACAGAAAGCUUACAAACACUCACAUCAUAACUUACAAACUGCCACGCCAGAUGUAUCCUGCCAUUCAGAUUGACACGUGACAAAUAGUGAGACUUGGUAUUUGUCACUUUACUUCAAAAGGACUUGUGGUGAGCUGGCAGCCCACUUGAAAAUCUUAAGCAUAAAUACAUUGAGAACUUUUAUAAUUUGCAGAUCACCUACAUUGUGCCUAUGCUUACUUCUUUUCAAAUUAUCACAAACAUUUGAAAAGGCUCUAAAAAUAAGUAAAUGUAGGUCUUAGUCAGCACUUCAUAAUUAAUGAGAAUUAAAAUCGGUAUGGGCUAUAUAGCUCACCAAACUCUGGAGAGAUAGCUCAAUGGACAGAGUUCCACCUGGAGUAUCUAAGGGGCUUAUUCUGUAAAGUCCAAAUUGUAAAAAAAAAGUCACAUUUGAAUGGCAAAACGUAGGUCAAAACAGCCCAUUUGGCAAUAUUUUCCAAACCAGCUAGUCACAGUUUGACUUAAUUAGCUAUAGUUAUUGGCAUUAUCUAUUUGACUUAAUCUCAUGGACAAUGUGCACACCUCAGUAAGUUGUGUCAUGCCACCAAGCAAGUAUAAAGGUGAUAGGCUGACCAGCAGAGGAGCCAAUAAGAGUUACCCAUAUGCCAAGUGCUGCUUAAUAGCUCGUGCAUGAGUGUGAUGGUCCUUAAAUUCACACCAAAUGCACUGUGAGGUAAUCAUGCUCACUCAAUGCACUUUCCCACAGUCCUUCUGACAUAGGAUGAGAGUGAUUGGGAGAACUGAGGGAAAGUCGUGUGUCCCACGGCACAACCAUACCACUUGAUUGGUCGGCUUUGUCUUAUGAAUAAGAUGAUAUUUGGCAAAAUAUGGCAGCAAGUAGAGCUUAAAACAGCCUCUUGUUACUGCAUCUUGACAUUACCAUCAACCAACUCUCAUGACAACUGAUGAGAACGGGAAUUUUCUUGUCUACAGUAACUCACUCCACAAGAAGAUACCAUGAUCUUGCAGGCUCUGGCCUAGACUCUCAUGUUGUAAAUUUCUGCUGAGUUGCAAGUACACCAACCAUGCUGGUCCGCCAGUUCUGACUUUGGCCAAGAACUGAAGCUGGAGCUGAAACAGGAGAUGUCUAAGUAAUAUAUCUCCCUGCCCCACCUCCCACAAACCACAACCGUGCAAGAGGACUUGUUGCCUUGGAGGCCUUUACAAACAGUUGGCCCCAACGUUACUGUUUUUCCUUUAGAGAAAAAGCACUUUUAUGAAAUCUGAGCUCAUGUUUGCUGAGUUAAAAACAGAAACACAAUAGAUUAACACCUUGAUCUGUGAGUGAAAACCUAUCUAUUCAUCAGAAAAAUUCUUUCCAUUAGACGCUUUGGUUAAACCACUUACUGGAAUCGAUCAAUUUCACUGUUGGUCAAUUUUUCCAAAAACAAACAAAAACCACAAACUGUGUGAUGAAGUUUACAUAAUGUAAUCACAUUCUUCGGACACAGUUUCUAGAAGACAAAACUCUAAACACUGUAAAUAAAGCCAAGUCUGGGAUUUUUAAUAGAAUUAGGACAGAGCAGGUUUAUUUGUCUUCUGGAUUCAAUUAAACAGACAGUAACUUGAUAUGUCAGAAGCAAUUUCUGUAUUGUGCAGCAUAGAAAUAAUUAGAACUUAUAAAUUAAAAUUAAAGAGAUAUUUCUUCAAUGUAAUAAUAAUAAUAAUAACAAAAUAUUUAACCCAGAAAGGUACAUUUGCCAGUUUCAAGUACUGUAUGGUACUGUAUGUCAUUGGGGUUAUUAACCAACUUAAUGUAACUCAUUUCAUUGACAUUGCAAAGAUAAAAAAACUGAGAUCACAUUUUUGGGAAUAAAACUGUAACUCCUAGAUACUGCAGAUAUCUCACCAGCAGCUCUUAUAAAUAAGUUAGCCUUAUAUAAGAGAAUGCAAAUUAAAAUGUUCACGAUGACUUUGAGGUCUGCACAUUGGUUCUGGUUAGAAUGCCUGAAAUUGAUUCUGGUUAGAGUGAUUUCAUGUGUUCCUGAUUAGAGAUUUCUACAGAAGCUGUGUUCUCCUGUUGAAGAAGUUUAAAUUACAGCUAAAAAUUCAAAAUUUAAAGUCAAGAGAGUUGAGCUGGAAAAAUUGCAAUUCUGGGUUAUUUACAACUUUAUUCAUGUUAACAUAUAUAAAUAUUGCAAUCAGUUUCUGCGGGACUCUGCAGUUAUGCAAUGGGGGUUUAGAAAUAUGUCAGUAGCAGAAAAAAAUAAAGUUGACGGACAGAAUAGGUGAAGGUCAACUUCAUGACAAUUCAUUAUUUUAAUAAAUUGACCCUUAUGAAAAAUUGCAUCUCAUAGAUCUUACAUUUAAAUGUAGAUUUGAAUGGAAUAUUCUUUCGAUUGUGAGAUUUGGAAGCAUAAAAUGUUAAUGUUUUGGUCGGUAUGCAUGUAAUGCAACGUUCUUCAUUGUCAGCGCCGCAGUUAUCAAUAUUAGUUUGAUUUGGCGAUUAGGAUCUCUUUCCUCCUACGUCUCAUAAUGUGUACCUAUUUUCUAAAAAAAAUAAAAAUCUCAAUCAAUCCGGAUUUCUCUCCGUCUCUGAUAUAUCUGUCUUUUAUUUUCAGUGUUGCUGGAACAGGAAAUUGGUGAGUAUCCAACAUGACAAAAAAACAAGAUUUAUAAAAAGAUAGGGUGCUCCACUGUAAUUAUUUAUAACAUGUAGUCAAAAAUUCUGGGCACUGGAAUUGUAAUGGCACAGUUGGUGUCAAGGUGUGUGCUACUUCAAACAUGCAUUGCCUGAGCUGAACGUACUGUUAGUACUCCCAUAAGUUUUAGUUUACAAUCAGCUGAACAUAAUAAAGGAAUAAAAAUAACAGAAGACACAAAACACAACCAAACAUACAUUAUUAAUUAUCACAUUAUUAAGUAUAUUCUCAUUCUCCACUUGCUUUUUCUAAUUGUUUUUCUCUUUCCAGAAUGGAGGAAAGUUUCAGUUUAUAAAGGUAUUUAUUUGCAAGAAUAUACAUGAUCCUAUAUUUUAUUACAUACACACGUCAGAAGUGUCCCUAUUUAGGCCAGCAGGCCAUGUUUUGCUCCCAAAUCUCUCUGUCCUUAAAGCCCCUUUCAUCCAAAUACUCAGAGCUUUUGGUUGUGUCUAUAACAGUGUUGUGCAGCAUUGCAAGUCACAGUAUUUUGUCUUGAAUUAAUAUUAAAUGUGUUUAGAAUUAGUUUGUGCAGGUAAAAUGCUUUUUCCUGGUCUAAAUGAUUUAUUGAGCUACAGAAAUGCUUAGUUUUUGUUUUAAAUGAUGUGUUUAGCGACACAAAUCAGUAAGUCAUGAAGCCACCUAAAAUGGUGUGGUAAAUGCACUGCCCAGGUCAUAGAUCUUAAAAUUAAAGUGUUCCCCUUCACUGAUUUGAAACUUUGAAAGUAUGUUACUAUACUGACAAUGCAUCAUACUCCAUUUUCUGUAUUCUUUCCUUUACAUAUCUCUUAUUUUUUAUCUUGUUCCCUCAGAACCCAUUCUGUUUGACCAUGAGACAGUUUUCCACGGCCUGCUCAUCUCUCCAGACUCUCGUUGCAUCUCAGCCGCUGAGAAUUUUGAAGUUCUUGCUGACAAUCCAAAGCGAUUUGACACAGAACCCUGCGUACUCGCUACACCCCUUUUUAAUUCGGGCAUUCACUACUGGGAGACGGAGAUUCAGGAGCGCACUGGUCCGUUCUGGUCUCUUGGCAUAGCAAGAGAGACAGUACGACGGCAAGGGGGGCUGAGAGAGUCCCUGGAAAAUGGAAUUUGGGCAAUUAGAGCAUCCAGUGAAGGUCUUACUGGACUUUCUUCUCCUCCUCAACCUAUUACCCCCUCUCAGAGGCCACAAAUUAUAGGGACAUAUCUAAACUAUGAGAUGGGAAUUGUCUCGUUUUAUGAUGCUCGCUCAUUUGAAUGUCUCUUUUAUUUCCAGGAAAACAAUUUUGGGCCUGUGUACCCCUUUUAUUAUGUGGGGAAAGGGGUCAAGUUCUUGUUGAACCCCUGAAAUGUAAAAAUGUUGAAAGAUGACCAUUUUUUUAUAUUUCUGUUUCUUUUUAUUUGCCAAGCCUCUAUUUUAUUUAUUUUAUAGCUAUAUAGUUAUAAAAUUUUAUAGUGUGUUGCAUUUUACAAUACUUUGAGUUUUGCAGCUUUAUUUUGAGAUUUUAUUAUAAAUUUUAUAGAUUUUACAUUGUAGUUUCUGUUUCAUUCAAAUGACAGUGACACAGACACACAUCAUAGACGCACAUUUUCUUGAUUCAGGUAAUGCCUGCAGUGAACUUUCUGUGCUCACAGUUUAGUUGGUAACUUGUAUAUAUUACAAAUAUCUUCAGUGACACACAAAAUAAAUAGGGGUAUCAAUACCAUAAACCCUUUGAAGUAACACUGAAGCCACCAUAACCACUAUAGCCCACUGGCACCGUCCCACUGUAAGUAGUCAUCUUAGAAUGAUUUGAUGACACACCUGGGUCCUACCAGGUACCUGUACUCUCUGCUUCUGGUCUUCUCCAGGAGAAUCUGGUUAGCUCUACACAGCGAGGCACUCAACUAGGAAAUUUUGUAAGUGUCAAUUUCUCUUGCUGGAACAUAUAGAUAACCCGUAGACCACUUCAGCAAGUUUCCCUUCGGGGAAGCAUGUAUACAAUUAGUAAUGUAAGUGGAAAACCUAAAACUGAGGUGCUCACAAAAUGUGGACUUUCCUAAGGCAGACUAACCGAAAGCCAACAUUGUUAGGUUAUCUAUCUAAUAUCACACCUCACUGGUGCUGCAAAGAAGCGUACAUUAUUUAAUAUGAAUGUUAAAUGUUUUUUUGCAAUUGUGCAGAAGUCAACAUUUGUAUGUUAAAGUAAAACUCCAUUUAAAACUAAAAAACAAUGAGAUAGUGUAUAUAUACACUCACAGAAAACGUGCAUUCAAUGUUUUCUUUAGAGCGGUAUAUGAAAUCCUAGCUUGCAAUAGCUGCAAAUCUAGUGUCUGCAGCUAUUGUAAGCCAUCCCCCACUGUGCUGGGGAUUAAAGGACCACUAUAGGCACCCAGACCACUUCAGCUUAAUGAAGUGGUCUGGGUGCCAUGUCCAGCUAGGAUUAACCCUUUCUUCUAUAAACAGCAGUUUCAGAGAAACUGCGAUGUUUAUAAUAGGGUUAAUCCAGCCUCUAGUGGCUGUCUCAUUGACAGCCGCUAGAGGUGCUUCCGCACUUCUCACUGUGAUUUUCACAGUGAGAAGACGCCAGCAUCCAUACAAUGCUUUCCUAUGGACUGGCUGAAUUCGUGCGCGGCUUGUGCCGCGCAUGCGCAUUCAGCCGAUGGCGACGAAAAGGAGGAGGAGAGGAGGAGGAGAGUCCUCUGCCUGGCGCUGGAAAAAGAGGUAAAUUUAACCCCUUCCACCCCCUAGAGCCCGGCGGGAGGGGGACCCUGAGGGUGGGGGCACCCUCAGGGCACUAUAAUGCCAGGCUGCGCAUGCACAUGGCUGACAAAUCACAGACACCUCAAUAAACUGUAUGAAUGGAGCUAAACUAAAAGGGAGAGGUAUUAGCAGUAGAAAGAGGGAAGUGCUCAUGCCAUUGUACAGAACACUGUUGAGACCUCACUUGGAGUAUUGUACACAGUACUGGAGACUGUAUCUCCAGAAGGAUAUUGAUACCUUAGAGAGGGUUCAGAGAAGGGCUAAUAAACUAGUUCAUGGAUUGCGGGAUAAAACUUACCAGGAAAGGUUAAAGGAUCUUAACAUGUAUAGCUUGGAGGAAAGACGAGACAGGGGGGAUAUGAUAGAAACAUUUAAAUAUAUAAAGGGAAUCAACACAGUAAAGGAGGAGACUAUAUUUAAAAGAAGAAAAACUACCACAACAAGAGGACAUAGUCUUAAAUUAGAGGGACAAAGGUUUAAAAAUAAUAUCAGGAAGUAUUACUUUACUGAGAGGGUAGUGGAUGCAUGGAAUAGCCUUCCAGCUGAAGUGGUAGAGGUUAACACAGUAAAGGAGUUUAAGCAUGCGUGGGAUAGGCAUAAGGCUAUCCUAACUAUAAGAUAAGACAAGGGACUAAUGAAAGUAUUUAGAAAAUUGGGCAGACUAGAUGGGCCGAAUGGUUCUUAUCUGCCGUCACAGUCUAUGUUUCUAUGUUUAAGAAACACCUCCGAGCAUUCCGAUUGAAAGCCAAGGACGUGUAACAGGAUUCGUCUGCAAAAGUGACAUCUAUGUUUAUAACUCUGGCACCACAACACAGCUAAAAUGCAAUUUCCAUAAUACUCUGGACAUCUAUUGCAAUCAAAUAAUUCUGAAAUUUUAGGGCCAUUCAGGGCACUUCAAUAAGCUUUUAUGUGUUUGGAGUGUUUUUUUAAAAUAUAUACACAGUAAUGUAAUAAAAUGGAUUGCACUGACCUCUGCUGGUUACUGGAUGUAACUGAACAGUUACAACAUUUGUGAGCUAGGGCUGUUACAUUUUUGUGGACAGUCCCAAUAUAUGCGCUUGUUUCCAUGAUUGUUACAAUUUAGAGACAAUGUCAACAAUCUCUAAACAACUUCCGUUUACACACAAUGCCACACAAUCUAAUAACUGGUAUUUAGCAGCUACUAAAGGGCUAAACAUCUCCUACAGAGAUUAUUAGGAGAUGCUAACACUAAGUAACUGGUUUCUAUGAUUAAAUGCUGAAAUCUCUAUCUACAUUGCCUAAUUUAAAAUUAUGUCUGCCCCCACUCCAGGGGCGUACCUAGAGCAUUUGGCACCCGAGGCGGGUCCUGUGCUUGGCACCCCCUUGCCCCCCCCAAAAGCCCUGCCCCCAGCGCCAGUUUGGCUCCGCCUCUGAUUUUGCUUGGCUCUGCCCCACUUUUCCUCCGUGCACCCUAACUACCAUGGGGCACUGUGCGGCCACAGCUCACACAGCCCCCUCCAGCCAGGGCCGGUGCAAGGAUUUUUGCCGCCCUAGGCAAAUGUAAAGUUUGCCCCCUCACACUGAGUGCGCACUUCCUGUUAGUCCGGCCGGGUACAGGAGACAGAUGCUCCCUGUACCCGCGGACCAAUAGAGGGCUCGGCCAUGCUACAGUGAGGGAGUGACAGGAGAGAGCGCUGAGCGCUUCCCUCCUGUCAGCCCCUCUCCUCAGGCUGCGCCCGGGCGGGCAAAGCUGCAGCCGCCCGAGGCUCUCUGUAGAGCGCUCGGGCGGCUGCAGCAGGAGGGGGGCCGGCGCCCCCUCCCAAGGCACCCCCCACCCUGCUGGCACCCGGGGCGGACCGCCCCCGCCCCCACCCCCCCUUAGUACGCCACUGCCCUACUCUCAAUACAACGUAUAUUUAUAAAUAAAAAAUAUAUAUUUAAAAAUGCAUAUAUAAGAAUUUUGAAUUAUUGUAAAUAUAAACAUUUCAACACACACACAGACACACAUGCUCUCUCUCUCUCUCUCUUAUCUUAGUCCAGAGAUGCAGAUUCAAAAUAACAGAUUAGAUUCAUAUCUCGUAAUACAUUUUUAAAAUUUUUAUAAUUCUUUAUUUUUUGUGUGCAUUGCGUAGAAAACAUGUACAGUAUACACAUUGAUGCGUUGUAAGACAUUGCACAGUAGUUUACAUACAUUGUCGCUGAGUUUCUGCACUUUUAUUUAAAUAUUUAUCACAAACAUUUUCCUAGAGGACAUUUUCCCAGAGGUAUCAGAGACACCAGGUAAUUACCGUGUCUUAUUUUAGGUGGGUAAGUUACAGUAUAAGAGUAAUCUGAGAUGGGUUUGGAAAUGUUGAGCAUUUAUACCGUUUAACUAAUAGUUAACGAGUUCCAAUAAAGAGUCAUUCGGGAGUGAUAAAAGUGUUUUUGAAUUAUGCCCUGAGAGAAGAGCAAGCAUGGGUAUGAUGCAUGAAUAACGUGCCCUUCGAUAGAAGGAGUGGCGUAUGGAGGGGCUUAAUAGCUUACUCUAGAGGGGCAAUCCCCCCAACCAAGGGGUGUGAGGAGAUGGGUACCUGUUGAUGGUAUUCCAGGUACAUAUGUCGGCGCAAACUGGCCUUGUGCCCAUCCUUUUAUUGAGUUUGGUCAUAUAACAAUGCUCUAAAAGGUUUUCUUGAGGCAGAGUACGUAAGCAGUUUAGGGCGACAGAACUUAGACAUAAGAAAAACAAUGAAAACAAAACAUUUUUCCUGUCCCUUCUUUUUAAAUUUAAAAAAACAAAACAAAAGCCUAAAAAGACAUAAGAAGGAAACAAGGUAUGUCUGGAGGUUUCAGGGUGGCUACCAGCCUAUGUUAAUGGGUGAGUUCACCUCUAAUGUUAGUCAAGUAACUGAUGGGUUCUUCCGCUCCAUCCUUGGGACGAACGGUACAAUGGUGGCUAGGGUAAUACAUUUUUUUAAUUGAACUAACAGUAUUUUGGAAUGACAAACUUUUGGGAGAACCUGUGUCAUUUUUGCUCAUAAAUGAUUUAGACUUGAGAAAGGGAGGUUCUCCCGAAAGCUUGUCAUUCCAAAAUUCUGUUAGUCCAAUAAAAAAGUAUUACAAGAUACAAAUGUCAACUGUUAUGACAUAGUGUUGUUUUACAUGUAAGCCAACAGGGUUUAUUAAAUUUUGGGUCUGUUAAAGGGGUUCUCUAACACUUUCUGGAUAUGACUAUUGUGCAUUAUUCUUAAUCCUUAUAAAUAAUAUAAGUAAAUAAAUAAAAGAAAUAUGUAAAAAUAAUAAAAAAUAAUUUAAAUCAUGUAUAUAUGUAAUUUUAUUCUAGCUGUAUUUUGAUUUUAAUAUAUAUAUAUAUAUAUAUAUAUAUCAAAAUACACUUAGAAUGAAAUUAUAUAUAUCUAUAUAUCUAUGUAUAUAUAAAUAAAUAAAUAAAAAUAAUAUGCUAUAUAUAUAUAUAUAUAUAUCCCUAUAUGCAUAAUUACAUAAAUAAUUUAAUAAAUAUACACGUAGACUUCAAGUAUAUAAAUAUGUAUUCUAUGUGCAUAUUUAUGUAAUAUUUUUACAUAAUUAAGUUAUUUUUUUUAAUUGCAAUUUGAGGCACGUGCCUAACAAACCAGGCCGAAAGUCCAGAGAAUUUAAUUUGCUAGCACUGUAAACCAGUAAUUUUCCAUGACACCCUAAAACCUAUACAUGGGGGGUACUGUUUUACUUGGAAGACUUUGCUGAACACAAAUAUUAGUGUUUCAAAACAGUUAAACAUAUCACAGCAAUGAUAUUGUCAGUGAAAGUGAUGUUUUUUUGCAUUUUUUACACACAAAUGGCACUUUCACUGAUGAUAUCAUUGUUCUGAUACCUUGAACUGUUUUGAAACACUAAUAUUUGUGUUCAGCGAAGUCUCCCGAAUAUAACAGUACCCCCCAUGUACAGAUUUUAUAGUGUUUUGAAAGUUACCAAGUCAAAUAUAAGGCUUGAUUUUCUUUUUUUUUUUUUUACAUUGAAAUUUGCCAGAUUGGUUAUGUUGCCUUUGAGACCAUAUGGUAGUCCAGGAAUGAGAAUUACACCCAUGAUGGCAUACCAUUUGCAAAAGAAGACAACCCAAGGCAUUGCAAAUGGGGUAUGUACAGUCUUUUGUAGCAGCCACUUAGUCAUAAACACUGGCCAAAAUUAGCGUUCAUAAUCGUUUUUUGCAUUUUUAACACACAAACAUAUAUAAUUUUGAAACAGCAAUUUGCAAUUUGUACUUAUAGCCCUAUAACUUGCAAAAAAAAAAAAAAAGCAUGUAAACACUGGGUGUUUUUAAACUCAGGACAAAAUCUUCAUUCUAUUUAGCAAUUUUUUUCAUUAGCUUUUGUAGAUGAGUAAAAGAUUUUUCAAGUAAAAUUCAAAAAUGAUGUUUUUGUUUCAAUUUUUCACCAUAUAUUUUUUUAUUUGUUAUUUUAUUAAAGUAAAUUAUAUGACAUUACAUUAUACAAAUAAUGGUAUGAAAAGAAAGCCCUUCUUGUCGUUAAAAAUAUAUAUAUAUAUAAUUUGUAUGGGAACAGUAAAUGAGAGAGACGAAGAUUAUGGCUAAACACAAACACCACAAAAGUAUUAAAACAGCCCUGGUCCUUAACGUACAACAUUGCCAAAACAGUCCGGUCCUUAAGGGGUUAAAAGAAGAAAAACUUCCACAACAAGAGGGCAUAGUCUUAAAUUAGAGGGGCAAAGGUUUAAAAAUAAUAUCAGGAAGUAUUACUUUACUGAGAGGGUUGUGGAUGCAUGGAAUAGCCUUCCAGCUGAAGUGGUAGAGGUUAACACAGUAAAGGAGUUUAAGCAUGCGUGGGAUAGGCAUAAGGCUAUCCUAACUAUAAGAUAAGGCUAGGGACUAAUGAAAGUAUUUAUAAAAUUGGGCAGACUAGAUGGGCUGAAUUGUUCUUAUUUGCCGUCACAUUCUAUGUUUCUAUAUUAUCUUUCUGUUUUACCCAGCUCUGUGUAUUGUAUAGUUACAUUUCUGUUUUACUCUGUAUAUUGCAUAUCUGUAUUUUACUUAGCUCUACAUGUUGCGUGGGUAUCUCUAUAGUCUACCCAACUCUGUGUUGUAUCCCUAUUUUUCCUCAGCUCUGUAUGUGGUAUGGUUAUCUCUGUAUUGUACUCAGCUCUAUGUAUUUUUAUAAAUAUCAGACAGACAAUUAUCAAGAUAUAAUCUCGGUAAAAAAUGGGUGGAGUGCUUAGUGAUGUUGAACAUGCAAUAGUUGUAUACCUCUUUAAAUCAAGUAUGGAGGUUCUGGUGUACUUAAUAGGGAGGGGUAUGGUGCCCCACCAUCUUAAAACUUCACCAGCCAUCACUGAGAGGGACCCUGGUGUCCAGGGGCAGUGUUCUUUUUUAUUUUUUAUUUUUUUUUACAUAUCAGGGCUACUUGAGAAAUUUCUGUGGGCUUCAAUUCGUAGUCAUUUCCAAGGUAAUUGAGCUCUGCUAGGGGAAUUCAGGGCCUGCAGAUUGCUUCACACAGGCCCACAUUCAAAGCUCAUUUACAGAAAUUUGGAGGUAAUUUGACUAAUUAUCCAGUCUGAGGUUCUCUGUGUCAGCUUGACCUAUGAGAAUAAAAGGGAGGUUUUGAUUUCAACAGAUAGCAGACAGGGGAGAGAGUUCUUGCUUUUAACCCCUGCAGACAUGGAAAGACUUAACUCGGCACUCCUGAGACCAUAACCACUGUAUCUCUUUCACCGAGGAUACCGAGCACCAAAAAUGGGGCCUUUUACUCCAAAAUAGGGACAGGCCCACUUUUUUAGGUGCUCGGUAUUCUUGGUGUGUUUUGAAUUUAUAGCAUAGCUCUGCAGCAAUUUAACAGGAAAUGUGUCUUUAAACUACAACGAACGUGUUUAUUAAACAAUCUGUGUAAAUAAAAUAAUAAUUUUUUUGUUCGAAAUUACACAUUAGUUGCAUAAAUAGUUUUUUUUUUUUAGUAAGUUACCUAAAAUUUCUCAGAACAGCCCCGCCACAUCCUCACUGAAAUCCCUAAAAUGAAAAUGUCUCUCUUUGUCCACAUGAAAUGUUAUAUGUAAGCGUUGGAGUGGUUAUGGUGCUUGGAGUGUUACAACCACACAGCAAGGAAAAUAGGAGCAGGCUAUAUAUAGGGAAUACAAUUUAUGACAAAUAACAUUUUCCCAUUCUUUGUGCUGUUUUCUCACGUUUUUAAUUUUUAUUAAUUUUAAUAUAUAUUUUAUUUUUCCAUACAAAGCAAACAUUUCCACGGAACACAAAUAACAGGUCUACUAAUCUGCAAACAUACACGGAAUCUUUUGCAAAACGCACAGGCUGUGGCCUUUCCUGUGACGCGCUCACUUCCACUUCGAAUCAAGCUGCGUAUUGACGCCAUCCCACGUCUCGGCAGCUCUGCGCCGCCAUAUUGUGUGUGGCACAAUUUUUCAUACAGUGAAACGGUGUUUUAAAAACAAAAAACAAAAAAAAACCCCAAUUUACAUAUGUCGGACAUCAAUUCAGAAAGCCGCCGCGCACCAAAACCCACUUUUAACUCUUUACUCUAAUAUUUGGCCUAUUUGCGGUAAUGACUUAAUUACCUCACCGACAUGUUACGCCGUACGUCGGGCCGCGAUGACGUCACACGCAGGCGUAUCCUGUAGCUCACUAUAUAAGGCCGGAUCGGGCCUACCUCCGCCUCUCUUUGGCUUCCUUGGGCCUAGCAGCUGCAAUCCUUCUCCAUCCGCCGCCGGAGGAGCGUCCCCGGACACAUCCUAGCCAUGACUGAGCAGAUGACACUUCGGGGGACCCUUAAGGGCCACAGUGGCUGGGUCACCCAGAUCGCAACCACCCCGCAGUUCCCAGACAUGAUCCUCAGCUCUUCCCGGGGUGAGAUGCAUGUGUGUUAAUGCCAAGAUCCAAUGUGCCGCCUGUUCCAUGACAAUAUAUAAUAAACAGACGCUCUGACACUCUAAUAAUAGAGAAUUGGGCUUAAAUAGAACUUAAUGGCAGGGGUGGGUGUUCUAUAUUUAAAGGGGGGGAGGAUUGUGAGUAUUGCUGCUCUAGAUUGUAAGCUCUUUUGAGCAGAGUCCUCAUUGCCUUAUUGUUCCUGUAACAUUUUGUAAUGGUCUCCUCUAUUAAAUUCCCCACUGUGUAAUAUAGCACAGCGCUGUGGAAUACGUCUGCUCUAUAUAAAACAUAGUAAAUAGUAUGUGUGACUAUUGUACAGUGGGAGUUGGGUGUUAAGUGGAUGUAUUGGUCUAGCUGAGACCGACUAUCUCGCCUGGGCCGCUCGUUAAAGUGUGACGUGUUGGAAAUCUGCCUUCUGGCCAGCGUGGCUAACUGGAGGAUUUCCCCAAGUCAGCUUCAUCUGUUUUAGGCCUUAGGCCUGAGAUGUCGUUGACGUAAAGUGAAAGCUACUAGUCCGAUAUGUCUGUCGAGGCAAUCUGGUGGGCGAUGCUGCCUGCUAUUGCAUGGUCUUAAAGAUUGUAUUGUUUACUAACAUCAAAGCUUUUGGAUUCCAUAAAAUGCACUUUUAUUAAGCCAACUCGUGCGUAGCGACACGUCUUGCGAUGUUGUUGUGGCAAUGUGAAUAUUAACUGGUUAAUCUAAACAUUAGUUGCUUAUGUUAGGUUAAAAUUUUCCUUUUAUAUUUUUUGUAAAGGAUCAUUUCAUAAGGGCAAAAUAAAAAUCUAGAUACUUCAAGGAAAACUUGCAUCAUGAGGGGCUGUAGUUAAAUCUUAGUAUGCAGUAGAUUGGGGUUAGGAAACAUUCGUCGAUCCCGAUGUUGACUACAUCUCCCAUGAUGCUUUGCUAGCAUUAUGAGAUGUAGUCCACAACAUCUGGAAUGCAGAAGCUUGCCUAACACUGCAGUAGGUGUUCUGGGCAAACAUCUGUAUCCAGCUGUGAUAGUCAUGGAGUGUCGAGGUUCCAUUCUGGAAAUGCAUAUGCAGUAAGAAUUAAAAAAAUCUAUGAAAUAAGUGGGUACGCUAAACAUAGCAUUUCUGCAAGUUGAAGUCUUGUGUUCUUGGAGUGUUCCAUCAAUAUCAGCUGUGAAUAGUUUUGUUUACCUAACACAAGUCUCACGAAUACCUUUCAUAUUAACAUUUCUUGUAGAUAAGACUGUAAUCAUGUGGAAGCUUACUCGUGAUGAAACAAACUAUGGUGUACCUCAGCGAGCCCUGCGUGGUCACUCCCACUUUGUUAGUGAUGUGGUCAUAUCUUCUGAUGGGCAGUUUGCCUUGUCUGGUUCCUGGGAUGGAACACUAAGGCUCUGGGAUCUCACAACGUAAGUAUCAAAUGAUUAUAUGUAACUAAUUUUGUACAGAAAUGGCCUUUCCUUUGGGGGUGGUGGGAAAUACAAGGAAACUGUCCCUGGCCUUAAAGAUUGAUGGCAAAACAGGGACGUUAUGUAUCUGUCCCUCCCCCUCCACAGGGUGAAACAGAAAAAGUUGUUCAGAGGGGAGUGGAUACUUCCAUUGUGUCAUCGUGUCAAAUGUCCCUCCUCAGAGGCACCACCACAAGACGAUUUGUGGGUCACACCAAGGACGUCCUGAGUGUUGCCUUCUCUGCCGACAACCGUCAGAUCGUUUCUGGGUCCCGUGACAAAACAAUCAAGCUGUGGAACACAUUGGGAGUGUGUAAAUACACUGUACAGGUAAGAACUCAAAUAGCAACUCAGUGCUUUGUCUUCUAAAUGCCUCUUCCUUAUGAAUAGAAUACACUUCUGAGCAUCUCUUUUGAGACUUGUUGAUAACCCUGCAAUUAUGAUGGGAAACUGGGGGCUUAUUCUGCAUUAGGGGCUGUUGGUACUAAAGCCAUGUAGGUGUAACUUCUAAUGGUCUCUUUUCACAGGAAGAAUCUCACUCUGAAUGGGUCUCAUGUGUCAGAUUUUCUCCAAACAGCAGCAACCCAAUUAUUGUAUCUUGUGGAUGGGAUAAGAUGGUGAAGGUAAGUCCACUUGAUGAAUUUUUACUGCAAUUCUGGAAUACAUGGCGAGACAAUGUGUAUACACUGCCGAAUGGAUUGCAUCCAAAAGUUUGUGCUGUCAGCUGCUUACUGUAUCAUUUUAACUUAGGAAUACAUUAAGUGACAUGUGCUUUAGCAUGUGGUGACAUCUCCAUUGUAGUGACAAUGGGAAUGAUUGCUUUUUAAUUUAGUCAAAAUAGGGCAGUAGUGAUAGACUGAGUACUAGCCAUUCUAAGUGACAAGUUAUAUUGAGCUGUAGUAGUAAUGUGGCUCCCAGUGCUUUGGUUUUAAGCAUUAUAUGUCCAGAGACUUUCCUUUCAUUGAGGUGUCUUAUAUCAUAGGAGUUGAGCACAUGGUACUUCCUUCCAGCACUUGCAGUGAUGUUAUAUCUGAAUGCUGUCUGAUGCUAAAUGCUGAUUUUCAGAGGCUGUUACUGAGCUAAAGUGCUUUUUGGGAAGGUUUUCUAUAAACCCUGGUUUAAGUUUUAAUAUUGGGUAUAGAUUGAGUCAACCAGGGUCUAAAACAUGUUGAAAUGUAUAGUCUUGCCUUGUUUCAUGCUCAGUUAGAUUUCUGGGAACAGUUCUUCUGUCUGACUGGGGUGUUUAAUUUUGAAUUUUUUUUUUUUUGCCACAAACAGUUGAGUAGCUUCACAAAGUACUUCUGUAGCUAUAAAUUAACACAUCUGUCAUUUUAGGUCUGGAACCUUGCCAACUGCAAGCUGAAGACAAACCACAUUGGUCACAGUGGAUAUCUGAACACUGUGACAGUUUCACCUGAUGGGUCGCUUUGUGCCUCUGGUGGCAAGGUGAGUUAGGAUAAUGGCAUGGUCUACAACUCUCUGACUAGAGCAUAUUUUUAUUUUUGUCUAAGAAUUGUGAUCUGGCUAUGUUAAAUCCUAAACUUUAUAUUUAGGAUGGACAAGCCAUGCUGUGGGAUCUGAAUGAGGGAAAACAUCUGUACACUCUGGACAGUGGCGAUACCAUCAAUGCUCUGGCUUUCAGCCCUAACCGCUACUGGCUUUGUGCAGCCACCGGACCCAGCAUCAAGAUUUGGGUAUGUUGUCUGUUGCUGUUUACAUGCUUUCGUUCUGCUAAUCUUGCAAUGAUGUGAUUUCUGAAUGCCAGCUGAAGUCAGAUGCUGAAUCUCAGAGGCUGUUACUGAGCAAGACUAAUCCUUUCUUUUAAACAUGCAUUCAUGAAUUUUCUCUUGUAGGACCUGGAGGGUAAGAUCAUUGUAGAUGAGUUGAAGCAGGAAGUGAUCAGCACCAGCAGUAAAGCAGAGCCCCCACAAUGCACCUCUCUGGCUUGGUCUGCUGAUGGACAGGUACAGUGAAUUGCUUAUACUUUAGUUUGACUCUUGCACGCAAUACUGGAAACUGAUCAUUGCAUAACUGUUUGUUCUGCUUCUUGUUCAAUCUCUUCCAGACCCUGUUUGCUGGAUACACUGACAACUUGAUCAGAGUUUGGCAAGUCACCAUUGGAACCCGCUAA